CAUCACUUGUGUGUCACAGGUCACGUGUGUGUUUGUAGCACUCGCACUUACAGUACGUCCAUAGCGGCGUUACCAUCACUUUGGUCAAAUAUUCACAAAAUGGAUACAGAUUAUGUAGAGCAAACAUCACCAUAGAAAGCUAGUUCCUGCUCUUCAGUACCGAGCCCCGCUACAGCGAGGAUGUUCCCCAGCCUGGCCCACAGACCAUGGCACGUCUUCUGCAGGGUCUCCUUGCAGCACAGGGCGCCUCUGUCACAACGGUCCUCGAGGGUCCCUCAGCUGCGCUACGGUUGGCAGAGUGGAGGCAUACAUAGCUUGUGGUGCAGCCUUCCAGACUGUCGUGUUGCCUCUCUGGGGCUGGGCAAGGUGCAGUACUAUUCUACCUCUGGCAACAGUAAAGAUGGUACACCAAAAUCAGCAUCAGGUGAUGCUCCAUCAGCAGAAAAGGUCUUGGCUGCUGCUGCGAAAGCCACCGCAGCUUCCUCAAGUUCAACACCUCAGGGGCUGACUAAAGCUGAGACAAUUCAAGUUAAAGUUCGGGCGGUCCUGAAGAAACGGGAAUACGGACCCAAGUACACUCAGAACAACUUUAUCACUGCAGUUAGAGCCAUGAAUGAGUUCUGCCUCAAACCAAGUGAUCUGGAACAACUUCGAAAGAUCAGAAGACGCAGCCCCCACGACGACACAGAGGCUUUCACUGUCUUUUUGCGUUCAGACGUGGAGGCCAAAGCAAUAGACGUAUGGGGAAGCCAUGAAGCUCUAGCCCGAGAGAUAAAUCUCAGAAAAGAGGUGGAGAGAGAGUACCAAGAGAAUAUUUUUCGGAAUCAACAGUUGUUGAAGGAAUACAAAGACUUUUGGGGAAACACUAAGCCUCGAUCAGGCCAGAGGACAACAUUUCUACAAGGCCCUGGGAAGGUGGUCAUGGUUGCUAUUUGCAUCAAUGGGCUGAAUUUCUUCUUUAAGCUCCUGGCUUGGGUCUACACUGGAUCAGCUAGCAUGUUCUCCGAAGCCAUCCACUCUCUGGCCGACACCUGCAACCAGGCUCUGCUCGCCCUGGGAAUCAGCCAAUCUGUCCGCAACCCUGAUGCUGGGCACCCGUACGGCUUCUCUAACAUGCGCUACAUUGCCUCCCUCAUCAGUGGGGUGGGCAUUUUUAUGAUGGGUGCUGGCCUCUCCUGGUACCAUGGCAUCAUGGGAUUGCUGCACCCAGAACCCAUGGAAUCUUUGUUAUGGGCUUACUGUAUUUUGGCGGGUUCUCUGGUGUCUGAAGGAGCCACGUUACUAGUAGCCAUCAAUGAGAUAAAGAAGAGUGCCCGCCAGAAUGGAGUAUCUUUUUAUGAAUAUGUAAUGCAGAGUCGAGACCCCAGUACUAACGUAGUGCUGCUGGAGGAUGCUGCUGCUGUAUUAGGAGUCAUCAUGGCUUCUGGCUGCAUGGGGCUCACCUCACUCACAGGUAAUCCGCACUUUGACAGUCUGGGUUCUAUUGGCGUGGGCACAUUGCUGGGCGCCGUCUCAGCCUUCCUCAUCUACACCAACACAGAGGCCCUGUUGGGACGCUCCAUACAGGCUGAACGUGUACAGAAGCUUACAGAGUUCCUGGAGAACGACCCCGCCGUGAGGGCCAUCCACGACGUGAAGGCCACCGAUUUGGGACUGAGUAAAGUGCGCUUCAAGGCUGAAGUUGACUUCGAUGGCCGAGUGGUGACACGGUCUUAUCUGGAAAAACAAGACAUUGACCAAAUCCUCAAUGAAAUUCAGCAGGUGAAAACCCCUGAGGAGCUGGAGAACUUUAUGCUGAAACACGGGGAGAAUAUCAUUGAUACCCUGGGAGCUGAGGUGGACCGCUUGGAGAAAGAACUCAAGCAACGUAACCCAGAGGUUCGUCAUGUGGACUUGGAGAUACUGUAAUACCCAACGGGUCUCUGCUGAGGGAACCUCAUGCUGUCACAAGAGGGAAAAGGCUGAAGGAGGGCCACGCCUGCAUCCGCAAUCUGCGUCCCACCCUGACCACCUCAAAACAAACCUCCGUCUCUGCACAAGUCUUACUGUAGAAUAGUCCCUAGACCAUACAUACAAAGACAGAGUUUGGGCAAUGAUCGUGCUUUCUUUGUGUUGCUUGAACUUUAGUUCCAUGAACUCAGCCUGCCACAGAUCCUCUCAAACAUUCAAGUGUGUGGGUGUUUCUGGUUAAAGGCUAAAUACUGUCAUAACUCCUUGAAUUUUAAGAGAAAUUUAAAACUCUGUUGUAGGUAUGGCAGUUUAGUCUAAUGGUUGUUUACUUGAACUCACAUUCCUCCAUGAAUGUGUUUUGGGUCAUAAACAAAAUCAGCAACAGGACCAGUGUCAUUUACUAGACUUGUACUUUUACUGUUAUGCUUGAACCACAGUAAUGGUGUUUCCUUGAUUAGUGCAAAGGAAACCUGAGGGGCUACAUAUUCAAACAAGGCAUAUUUAAUAGCUAGACAAUAAUAGAUUAUUUUUUCUUUAUGUAAAAACUGAGGAACUGAAGAUAAGUGCUGCUGCAGGUCUUGUAAUGAAGUCAGAAUUAGCAUUGAAUAGAUUUUUUUCCUAUUACAGGAGAAAUAUGAAAAUUAAAAGUUGUUAAGACUUUUCAUUUCAUUUGUAUGAUAGAUUUGAAGGGUGAACUGAUGUGAAAUACUGCAGCAAUCAGUGAGCAUUACCCUAUGCAAAAAGACAGCAGGGCAUUACCACAUGAAUUCAUCAUAUCCCUAUGAUAUUAUGAAGUUAAAAGCAACUAACAAAUACAUUAAUUAAACCAUUUAUUCAACAUGUUAAUUUUUACACAAGGUCAAAUGGAAAGAAUGAGCAUCCUUCAAGCAAAGAAAUGACAUUAUAGGUAGAGGCAUCGGUCUCUUUGCCGUUCUCUCGUUGUAUGCCAGCUCCAAAUUCCAGAAUUUGAUGUUCUCCAGGUUGUCUUGUGAGGUUGGCAGCUGAUCGGCAGAUGACUGAUUGUACUGUGAAGAACUGAAGGCAUGCACGUGUCUUUGCCCCUCUCACAGUGUAAAUAAGUGGUCUGUAAAGAAGAAAUGUUCCUAACAAAUCGACCAGCCCCGAAUCAAACAGGUUUAAUGAAGUGUUGAGCUCCACAAACAGCUGUCAACAUAAACAUGCCAUUGUUUUAAUCAUUGAGGAUGUCACCCUGUGCAGUAUGUGUACCAAAUUAUCAAGUGGUUUAUCUCCUGUUCAGUGUUUGAGUAAUCUGUGUAAAACAGACAACAUUUACUUUUCAUUCUACAAUUACUGUCAGAGCUGCAGUAUGGGACACACCUGCCUGCUUAAACAAUUUAUUCUGCUUCAGGAGGUGGGCUGGAGUCAUUUCCUCUUUGUUGGGAGGGUAGAUAUAUACAUUUUUUGAAGGUGUUAAUAGUGUAAUAUUUGGUUAUGACUAUGUUACCAUUGCUUAAGGAGUUGGAAUAAAUUUGAAAUAAUUUAUUAAA